GACGCCUUUGUAAUUGAUUUGUCAAUGUUAAAUGACGCGAAUUUUUUUUUUAAGUCUAAAUAAUUAUAAAUUUUUAGUUGUUUUAAGGGACUAAGGAUACACGCUUAAUCCAAAAGCUGCAAGAAGUAUGUUCCUUUAGUAUUUACACAAUGUUGCGGAGCGUUUUCAGCUUAAUUCAAAGAAUUAUAGACUUCUCAGAAAAGAACUACACAAACACGAAAUCAAAAUCUCUAAUUUUCUGCUUUGUUAACCUAGAACAUAUCGGCGAUAUGAAUUUAGAAAGUGAGGAUAAAGAGCAGCUAUUAAAAAGCUUGGAAUAUAACAAAGAAGCUAACCGAAUCCAGCCAACGCAUAAAAAUUGUUUUCCAGUUGAACCUAAACAUGGGGAUGCUGUUACGAGUAAACCUAAAACAAAAACUGACAAUAGAUUACCCCAAGAAGGUAAGGAUGAGUUAAAAAGAAUUACUUUCUGGAACUCCGACAAAAAGGGUGAAGACAAAGUUGUGGAGAAUGCAGUGGAUGCAGAAAUUCAACCAAAUGUUCACCUUUUAAUAGACCAGUUGUCUGAAAAACGUAUUGAAAUUGCUUCCAAGGAAUCAGAUCAAGUUUCAACGUUACUGGAACAAGUCAAAAAAAUGAAAACUGGAUUAGAGCGACUGCAAGAAAUAGCCAUGCAGUUUAACUGCUCUGAACGCUUCAACGAAGAUGUAAAUUAUUUAAUGAAUAAUGCAAGAGAGUAUUUAAGACGCCAAAAAGAUGAUAACAGUAAUGUUUCUCCUAAAGUAUAAACAAACUGAAUUAAAAGUAAACUGGAAUGAAAGUACGCUGGGUAAAAAUGUGUGAAAAUUCAGAUAUGUUACUAAUGUUUUUUCUGUGCUGUUUAAAAUCAAAAUUGUGAGUGUUUCAAUAGUAACAGUGAGGUGAUGUGGUAAAUAAAACUACAUUUUAAGUAA